AUGGUAUAUCGAAAGCUCUGCAAGGAGGCUAAAGUCAACUUCUACAGGGAGAGGAUCUCCGCUGCCACCUCCUCGGCAGAGUGGGAAGGCUGCAUGGCGCUAGGCCUCUUCCCCAAAGCUUUCAAGCAGGCAACUGUCAUUACCCUAUCGAAACCUGGCAGGAACCCUCGGUCGUACAAGAGCUGGCAGCCUAUUACCAUUUUGUCGACCUUCGGCAAGGGAGUGGAGAGGCUCCUGACCCGGCGGAUGACUGCGGCGGCGCUGUGCUCGGGUUUACUUCCCCUAGACGUGGCCGGAGCCAUCCCGUCCAGAUCGGCACUGGACCUCGUCCAGUCGCUCGUCCACGAUGCGGAGACCAUGGCAAGACAAGGCUACCACGGGCUCCUCGUCAAUCUAGACAUCGACUCGGCCUACCCCUCGGUUCAGCCGUCAAUCCUUCGCGAGGUCCUGAGAGACCAAGGCUAG